AAAGCCAAGUCGGCCCAAAGCGGACGUCGCAUAAGGAUAAAUCCAAUAAGAAGUCGACGGCGGCGAGCGGGCCCUAUCCACAGGACAGCAACAACAAGGACAACAAGGAGAAGAGGGAAAGGGACACCACUAGUUCUUCACCGUCUUCUUCGCCCACGUCGAGUUCUACUUCGCCGUUGACUUCGUCGCCGAUGUCAGCGAGGGCCGUCCAUGCCCAUGCCCAUGCUCCGACACAGACGCAUAAUGUGUUACCGACAUCGACGAGUCUCACGAAGGUGGUGGGUUCGCCGACGACGUCCCCGCAUGCACAUCAUCAUCCGUAUGCGCCCGUCGUGGCUACGGCUACGGCUACGUCGUCAGUCGCUGCUACCCAGAGCGUGAAGAAUGGAAAUGGUGCGGGCGAUGUCUCGACGGGACAGGGACAGGGACAGGGACAACAAGUGUCGAUGAAGAGGCCGCCGGGGGCUUGUUCGAGGUGUAAGCGGUUGAAGAUGCGCUGCGUGUUCAAUGAUGAUGCGUCGGUGUGUCAGAGGUGUACGGCGGGCGGGCAUGAGUGUGUUAGUGAGGGGCGGAAGGCGAGGACGCCCAGCGAACGCGAAUUCCUCCUCCGCCAGAUCCGCUCGAAGAACGAACAAGUGACGAAUGUCUUGAGGCAGUUACAUACCCUUCCGGGGAGCUACACGCCUAUAGGGAUCGUGCCUGGUCAUUUGACGCUGAGUGCGCAGGAACGGGAACAAUUCACCGAAGUCCUGACCUACCUCGAAAAACGCUCCACACGACCUCUUCCCGCCCCCGACGGAACGACAAAAGCCGUCCAGCCGUUCGACUCGCGACCGCUCGAGGAGGACGGAGAGGUGUAUAGCGAUUCGGAGGACGAGGAGAUGGACGUCGAGCGACAUCUCCUUGGCCUUAGCCGGCAUUCGCAGGACCAUUCUGGGGACGAGGACUCUGAGAACGAGGAUUCCGAGCGUCUUGGUGGUCGGUCAGGAAGAGUAGGGGGAAGUGGGAAGGGAAAGAGCAAGGAGCUGGCCCGCCCACGCGCGCUGCCGGAUCGCACGGCCCCCGUUGGUUUCCUGGCCGAUGCGAGUCUGAAGUACGGAGCGCGCGGGUUCAGUCCCGAGGAUUUUUUGAAGGGGAUGGGCGCCGCGGGGGGGAUGGGGAUCGCGAAUGGGUUGUAUUUCCGUCCGGGGCCGUAUGCGGAUUUGGAUCUGAGGAGGAUUAUUAUUGAGAGGGAACAGGUGCCGGAGAUAUUGAGUUCGGGGUUGAUUAGUUUUGAGGAUGCGAAGGCGCUGUUUAGGAUGUACUUCGAGCGAAUCAACACGUUCUUGAGCGGGAUCGACGAGACGAUCUAUACGCCUGCGAGUGUGUUGAGACGAUGUCCAUUUUUGUUCACCGUUAUCUGCGCCGUCUCCUCCCGGUACUUCUUCGAACGGCCAGGCCUCUACAAGAUCGCGAUGCAUUUCGCCAAGGCCGCCGCGGCGUCGACGGUUGUGGACGGCUGGAAGACGGUCGAGACGUGUCAGGCGUAUCUUAUCCUCGCUGCGUACGGCUUCCCGACGCGGAGGUUCGAGGAGGAUCGGGGGUGGUGUUAUACCGCUAUCGCUACCAGGAUGGCGGUCGAGCUGAACCUGAACAAGCCCCCACCGCCGAACAGUACCCCUGCGAAGCCGGAGGACGAGCGGCACGAGCGGGAGAUGUUGAAUAAUCGAAGGACGUGGAUGUUGUGCUGUAUUAUGGAUUAUAGUACGGCGAUGCAGUUGGGGAAGCCGCCGACGAUUUUGGAGGAUGAGUUGAUCCGGAACGCGGAGCAUUGGUGCUCGUCGAGCACGUUCCAGCACCCGUACGAUGUGCAUCUGCCGGUGAUCAUUAGCUUCUUGAGGAUCAUGAAUGGGUUCAUCGAGGCCGUGUCGAAUAUUCCGCUGCAUCUGCAGAGGGACGAAACGCACGUCACGGCGAAGAUCAAGGAGUUCUAUGAUCGUGUAGACUUGCUCGUGAAGGUUAGCUUGAAGAGGGGGAUGAGAGGACAAGAUGAGCGGGAUGAUAUGGCCAUGAUCCUUCGCGAGGGCAUGAUCGCUUAUCUAGGGCAUUACUGCCGACUCAUCAUACUUUCGUAUGGAUAUCAGGCUGAUCUUGGAGGAUCGGCGAGUGUCUCGCAGGCAACAUUUUUGGCUGGGUGCAUCGAUGCGUGCUUCCAGCUGGUGGACGUGUGGACGAACCAGAUGUUGCCCACGGGAAAUAUGAAGUACUCGCCCGAGUUCUUCUAUAUUGGUGCCGGCUUCACGGGAGCGUUCUUGUUGAGACUCCUCCACCCCAGCCUCGCGGAAACCAUCGAUCAGAACAAACGCGUGAAGAUCUAUAAUGUCGCCCAGAGGCUGAUCUCGUCGCUCGCUUCGCCGGUCGUGGCGAUCGACGAGGAACAUACGCCGAAGCAGUAUGCGACGUUCUUGGAGGAGUUGAUGCGUAACAUGGUAGCGCUUUGGGAACAACAGGGCGGUGUGGGCGCGUGUGCUAGUACUUCGAGUGCGAAUGCGGGUGGAAGGCAGCACACCAAGAGUCAGAGCGGUAUGAGGGAGGCGAGGGUGCAAGAGGUUGCGUGUUGAACAGGUGUGCAAAAGUCCUCGAAGUGGGUGAACUUCGUUCCGAGUCGUGGAUAGUCCCUCUCCCCUUCCCUGUCUAUGGCUGGUCCCUCUUGCGUUCUUGUCAUUGGUCGUUGUCGUCGUUUCUUAUGUUUAUGUUUCCGGCUAUGUUAUGCUUUGUACUGUCUUGGAUCGCAUCGUUUUCUCGUUCUCUCUUGCUCUACCUUUCCUUUUCUUCUCUUUCCCCUCUAUCGUUUCUGCUGGUUUCCUCCGUGCUAAUAUCCUUUCUUUGUACUCGACUCUCAUCUCCCCCCUGAACUCGUCUCCUCGUUCGAAGUAUUCCGUUCCGCCGUAUAUACAUAUACUCCGCCUCGCUCUUUAUUGAUUUCAUUUGCAUCGGAGCCUGUUGCUGUUGGCUCUCUGUACUCUUAUUCCCUUCUACUUCCUCCUCUUCCUUUCCUCUCUCCCUCCGUUUCCGGCUGUUGCAUUCCGGCUUGCCCGAUACCGUCCCCCCUGGCUCGAAGUACCCAUAAGUAAUUUGUUUUUCUUUGCAUGCGUAUAUACAUAACCCCAUACAAUGGCUCAUGAAGUUUCUUUUGUUGUUUCUUUUCCUGGAUCUGAAUUUUAGUCCGCUAUAUACAUAGGUAGCUCUCGAGAGGAGAGCUCGAUUUACCCCCGUUUCUACGUACUCAGAGUCGUACUCAGCUUCCCCCUUUGUUCCUUCGUACUCAACUUCCC